AUUCGUUUUGAGAGGACCUCCCAAAUCGCAACUGCAAUUCCUCCAAAAGCCAAAGUAAAUCUUUUGUUUACUGUUUGUACUACUACCACUAGUGUUUUGAACAGUCCCGAUUUUACUUCCUAAUUCCCCCAUCUCAAAACACCAAAAGCAAAAGAAAGGAUGAGGUUCUCACUCAUCGGCGCAAGCCUCUUUGGCCUCUUGGCCGGCCUGACCUCAUCGGCCAUGGCCCAGUUCACAAACCAAUCUGCCCCGUUCUACUUGGUCGUCAUUUCGCAAAACCAUACCAUUAACGGCUCCGCGCUCGUCGCCUGUCACGAGGGCGCUGCCAUCGAGGGUCUCUGUGUCGGCGGAUCCAUUGCGACCUCUUCUCCCGGCGGCAUCAAAGGCGUGUCUCAGUACAACUUCAACGGCUCUUCGAACCCAUAUAUCCAGAAUGCGACUCUCGGCGAGACCGGUCUCUUGACCUACGUGCUCCGCGGCGGCAACUUCAACGAGUCUGAGGCCAUGGGCUUUGCCACCAACCCGGCCUCCAAUGUUGCCUUGCCCUUGUUUUACCCCGGCGAAGACAACUACCAGCUCAUUGCGUUUGAUAGUCACAACAGACUGAAUAUCCAAGCCUAUGUCGAUGACCGCAUCGUCCCUGCUUACUCGGGUAUCGAGAACAAGGCUUACUACCGCUGGUAUGUCUGCUCGACGUAUUAUACGGGCUACAAUUACGAGACACUGGCCUGGGUGUAUGGCGACCACAAGCCCCAGAACCCGACGUGUCAAAAGGUCGAAGUCAAGAGAGUCUUUGUCAAUUAAUUUUGUCAAUGUGUCAAAUAUCAGAGAUUGUGCGGGGUCUUGUUUGGUUGGAGGGGAGGGGAAAUGAUGAAGGGAAUUGGAGAAAGAGUUGGACUUUUACCAUAAAGUUUC